ACCGGGCUAAUCUCGUGGAGGGAAGGUGCGGGUGCGCCCGGGGGGUUUCCCCCGUUUGCCGCCCCGAUGAGCCUCUGAGUGCAUAUCCUCCGGACUUCGUGCCUUUCUCCCCCACUUUUUCCCACCCCUCCUUUGCCUUGCUGCCAGCUCCCUCCCGCUUUCCACCCACCCUGGGUUCCGGACACCUCCCUUUCUCCUGUCUUCAAUGGGCGCUUUGGAUUCAGUCACCGGAGGAACCACCAACCCCACCGCCGCUGCCCUCACCAUGCUGAACGGGGCAGAGAGCCAAAGUUUCGACAAGGAACCGCCGGACCUCCAGGGGGCAACGACCAAAGACGCGGCCGAGUUAAAAAUCGGCGUCCACCAGGAACGAUUCUACUACCCCGAGCCUCACAUGCAAGAAGGCGGCUGCAAUUUAGGGGUGACCUACGGCGGACCGAUGGUACAGGGAGGGUUUGGGGUGAACAACCCGGCCCCUUCGGGGAGGUUUUUGGGGCCAGCCAUGAACAGCUGCUCUUCCUACCGACCCCAGCCCCCUCCGCCCGUCCCCGCACCUUCUUCGGCUGGCCCUCCAGGGAAUCCUAGCUACUCGGUAUCAGCUGGCGAGAUCUAUCCAAGCACCGGGGAGCUGUACUCCAGCGCGCCCGGAGGAGAGGGCUGUUACUCGGCCGCCGUCCAGCACGUGUUUCCGAGGAGUCCCCUCUAUUCGGUGCCGGGCUAUCAAGUCUCCGGGAAGAUCCAAGUGGUCCUCAACAACUACCCUCUCUGGGCCAAGUUCCACAAGCAUCAGACGGAAAUGAUCAUCACAAAACAGGGCAGGAGGAUGUUUCCUUUUCUGAGCUUCAGCAUCUCUGGGCUGGACCCCGUGGCUCAUUACAGCAUCUAUGUGGACAUUGUGUUAGUGGAUCAGCAUCAUUGGCGGUACCAAGGAGGGAAAUGGGUUCAAUGCGGCAAGGCAGAGGGAAAUAUGCCAGGGAAUCGGACGUACAUGCAUCCAGACUCACCCAACACUGGAGCGCACUGGAUGCGGCAGGAAAUCUCCUUUGGGAAACUGAAACUCACCAAUAAUAAAGGAGCAUCUAACAAUGUCACCCAGAUGAUCGUGUUACAGUCCUUGCACAAGUACCAGCCCCGUCUACAUGUCACGGAGGCCAAGCAGGGUGAGGUGGAUGAAGCACACCCCUCCCUUUGUACCCAGACCUUCACCUUUCCAGAGACACAGUUCAUUGCCGUCACAGCCUACCAGAAUGCAGAUAUCACCCAACUGAAGAUAGAUCACAAUCCUUUUGCGAAAGGCUUCCGGGACAACUUUGAUUCGAUGUACGCCACAACAGAGGGGGACCGCACAACCCCAUCUCCGCCCAGCGUUGCCAGCUGCCAGCAGCUCCUGGCGGGCAGCCGCUUCCAGCCCUUCCUGCACGAUCAGUACGCGCUUCCCCAAAGCCGCUUCUACAGCAGGGAGCGGGCCCCGCUGCCCUUGCCACCCAAGGAUGCCCACCACUGGUAUUUUGCUUCUCAGCAGCCGUCUGCUCCCGCUCUCGAGUAUGGCACCUAUGAAGGAGACUUCAGAGGAAACAAGUUCAUGUCCUAUGGGGUGAAGCCCUUUGCCCUGCAGGCUGCCCCCCACCCCUCGCUGCCUUACUACCAGGAGCACCCCUUUGGCCCCACUGCUGCGUGGAGCUCCCCGCCUCAGUAUCACCACCCCAAGCCCACCCCGGGGGCUCUGAGUUGGUUCCGGCCCAUGAGAGACUUGCCAAUGGCGCCUGCGGGUGAGGAAAAAGGGAAGGACAGCGAGAGCUGGGCCGAGCCGGGCUCAGUGAAAUCGGUGGAUUCCUCAGACUCCGGGUUGUACGAAGCAGAGUGUAAGCGUCGGCGGGUGUCUCCCUACAUCUCCAGCGCCGAGAGCUCACCACCCAUCCGCAACGGAGAGCUCUAUGACAAAGACGGAGGUGAUGGUGGUUACUACGGCUUUUAUGGCAACUGAGGCGGGGACAGGGACACAAGAGGGAAAGUGGCUGGAGCCUUCGAAGCAUCCAGAGCUCCAUUCAUAUCUGGGCAUCCUGCAAA